GGAAGUGGUGCAUGUCUUUUUUGUUUACAGACCGAUCUUUGCGGGACAAUUUAUGUGGAAGUCAUGAAGACACCUGUUCUUUGCCUCUUUGUUCACUUUUGGCUCCCUUUCCUGGGCAAAGCAGCACCAAAACGCGAGUGGAUUGAGCUCUCAUACCAAUUCAACAGUGAGACCAUUUACUGGCCUACUUCCUUGGCUUUCAAGCACAUCAGACUAAGCGAAAAUUUUAUCGCCGCUGGUUUCUAUUAUUCAGCGUAUGACAUCAGUGCUGCUGAACAUGGGGGAACCCAUAUUGAUUCUCCGAGACACUUUGCUGCAAAUAGGUGGACCACUGACCAGAUACCUUUAGAUCAGCUCAUUGGACCUGCCAUAAAGAUAGAUAUGUCCUCCAAAGCAGCCCAGGUAAUGGUUCUUCUUUAAUUUGGGAAACUCAUGCUGUAACCCAGUACUAGUUAUGAUCCUAGCCUGUGCAACUUAGUCUAACUUCCUUUUUUUCUCUUUUUUUUGGGCGACUAAUUUUGCGUUAGUUUUCUUCGCAAUCAUGUAGUAAGCCGAUAAAAGAAGCGAUAACAUCCGAAAAAUAGUCGCAUAGUGGACUUCGCCGCAAAACUGAUCCCGUCUCCAUGCGCGAUUAUGCGCAACCUCAAAUGUAGCUAAAGCAAAUUGUCAAGAGUCAAUAGUCGCAGAAACAUGGCGCACCUGCCAGAAACCUGUCUAUCAAAGUGCCCUAUUAUUCACAGACCCGCCGUAAAAUCAGUCGAUGAUUUUUUCCUCAGAACCGUGAUUACCAGGUGAUGCCGAGUGACUUAGAAGCCUGGGAAGAGAAGAACGGAAAGAUUCCUGAUGACAUCAUAUUGCUUCUGUUUUUUGACUGGGAAAAGCGUUGGCCAGAUAAACUAACUUACCUCGGUACUGACACGAAUGACUUGUCCUUGCUGCAUUUCCCGGGUAAGUUAAUCUAUACCAUCACUUCAUUUUUUUGUCUUUGUUCUCUGAGGGUGUUACCGGUAUCCACUCCAAACUUCGGCUUGGGUUGAUAACACACUCCUCCCUUCCUCGCUGUACAUGCAUUAUUCUUCAUCCUGCACAACUCGCCCAUUUUUUGUUUUAUCUUUUAAUUCAAUGUUAAUGAGACAAUCGCGUGGAAGAUGCGCGUUGGGGAGAUGAAAAGGGGGUUUCUUUCAUUUCUCACUCUUUCCUUCCCAUCGUCCUAUUCGCUAAGAUGCCGUAAUAGUCCUCCCCGAGCCUUCCGUGACCGCUUACAAAUAACAUGAAAGACGACUGGGGACGAGUCAACUUCAUCAGUACACAUCAUCAUCAUCUCUUCCCUUCCCCCUCCCGCUCUUUCUUUUUAGGCUCUCGUUGAAUUUUUCGCGCUGUAAAAGCAAAAAUCUCGUUUCUCAUACUCAGCCUCAUCAGGAGCCCAUCAAAUGGAGCCUCCAUCUCCAUUAAUUUCUUGAGUCAACCCUUUCCCGAGUAGAUUUAUAAAUAGAACGGCUUUUUUCCCGCGAAAAGUGUCAUAUUUCCGUAAGUCUCGUAUGUCACGGUAAAAAUAAAAUUAGAUGAAGUCGAACUCAGAAGCCCGUCCUUCUACUGUUUUCCAUUUUUACUUUACGUCCAUUUUUACACUUUUUCAGCCGCUGGGAUCUGGGUAUCAUGAAAUAAAAGUUAAUGAAUUACCCGACUGAGACUGAGCAUGAAGCGAUGGGGCAAAGGCAGCGAACCAGGGGCACCCAACGGCAAUUUUAGGAAAAUAACAUUUCGGAAGACGAUUUGAGAUCUAGAAUUUUCGGAACAUUUGUUGUAAAAUUUCUUGCUUGCCUGCCUCUCCUAGGAUUUUCGAACAUCUCCAAAGUGGUAUAAUUACCCACUUUUAACGGAUUUUUACCCUAAAAAAGACCACCUAGAAUUUCGGGAGCCUUUUCCUGGCUGAAAUUUUCGAAAAGGUAAGUUUUGAUCCCUAUAAUUUUCGGAUCACUAGACUUUCAGCUAGGAAAUCCGAACAGAUGAAAAACUCAUUUAGGGGAUAAAAAUAUGCCUAUUUCUACCUUUUAAAUACUAAAAUACUUUCGACAAUGUUAUGUUAAGUGGUUUUGAACUAUAUCCUCGUUGGGUGCCCCUGGCGAACUGAGGAUCGCGGAAAGGUUAUCUUAACGAGUAUUUCUUUUUUUUUUUUUCUGCCGCCAUACAUCCCUCAUUUAAGCAUGCACCUAGAAAAGAGUCGACGAUUAAGCGUUGUGUGGACGAUUUGGAACUUUUCGAUGAUCAGCGCCGAAAAAGUGCCAGGAUUAUUUUAAUUUUUGUCAUCACCGUGGAGUGGAUUUCGCCAGUUAAGCACCGCGUGCAAAAGCGAUGACCUAAGUAGCAACAAACGAGGAAUGCUUCAGUUCCGAAAUUUGAGAAAUUGCAGUCUUCCUUUACAACUAACUUGUAUAACCAUGAUAAAACUGGCACUUGAAAAGUUGAACAGAAGACAACAGUUGCUCGACCGUUAAGCUAACUCAAAAGUAAUUUGCUGUCGGAGGAAUUUGUGACAUAGCGCUCCAGUCCAAAGACCCACUUAUCUCAAGAAAAACAAAAUGGAUUGUAUCUGCGCCAAAAGAAUUAUGACUGACCAACAGGACAAUUCUCAGCAGUUAAUGUAGAAGUUUAGGCUCAAUUCCUUCCUUCGAAUUCGCAUCUGUAGAUCCCUUUUUUGCGAGAAAACAAUGCCUGGGCGCGGCGUUACAAAACAUAGCAGGGAAUCAUCACACUAGCUGACGGACAAAACAACCACAAGGACUACAAGUAUUUAUUCAGAUAAACGCCUUUCGGAAAAAAACCUUGAAAAAGUAGAAAUUUGAUUAAUAUUGAGUCAUUUAGCCGAAAUAAGAACCUCAACGCUCAAAAAAAUUGGCUAAAGAAAACGAAUCCUGUCAGAACUACAGACUGCAGGUAGCUUCAUGGCCUCUUAAUGUGAGACAAGCAACCAAAAUAAAGUUUACAUAGUCAGAGUUUAAAACUCUCCACAGUAUAAUCUACCCGCUGGAAAGAAAAAGUCACGUUUCACUAGCUAAUGAUUGUGUUUGGCCUGUCAACACCGAAUUUCCUGCUGUUUGAUGAAGUACAAUAGCGGUGUCAUUUCGUCGUUGUGAUUGGCUCUUCCCAACGUCGGCGCGCGAAGUCUCCCCUGGGGACCGUUCUAAUUAUAAAUCUACUCUGGAAAGGGUUGACUCCAAAGGCUUGUAUGGGAGAUGGAGGCUCCAUUUGAUGGGCUCCUGGCCUCAUACAAAUCAUCGUCAGUAAAGUUACAUAGGUACAAAAGCCAAUUUAGAUUUCUUCUGUUCCAUGAUGAUUUCUUUGCUUUUUUAGACUACUUGUGUACACAAUGUGAAUACCAUUCCUAUUCAAGACUUUCAACGUUGUGCACUGUCAGGGCUCCUGGUACAAUCAACUGCUGUCGACUAAGUAAUAAACAAACUCAUGAAACAAAGAAAUCCGUUGGGCCCUUAUAUCCACUGAACUUCUGCACACAAGCUUUGUCCAAAUUAAUUGUAUAUCAUCUAUACCUGAAGUCUUUUUUGUAUGUUUGCGUGUAGGGAUACACCCUAAUGCCUCCCGUUGGUUGGUAAAGAAUCGCAAGAUCAAGUUGAUUGGUGUAGAUACAGCAUCUAUCGACUACGGACAAUCGACGCUUUACGAAUCACGUCAAAUUCUUUACGAGAGGAAUAUUCCUGGCCUAGAAAAUGUCGCCCACAUGGACAAGUUACCCAUAAAAGGCUUUACGUUGUACGCAGCUCCAAUGUUUAUCACUGGUGGUAGCGGAGGGCCUUGCAGAAUCUUUGCUCGUCUGGAUAAAACUGUGAAUCCUGCUAUCAGGGAUGACGAACUUUGA